AUGCACAAGAAGAUUGACAAUCUCUUAGAGGACAUAGUCCGGGAGCAUGAAGAAGAUCGAUUGAACUCAAAAGGCGAGUCAUCUGAAGAAGAUAUACUCGACCUUUUCUUACGCUUCAAGGAGGAGGGUGAAUUUCAGAUUGUCAUUACCAGGGACAUCAUCAAAGCUAAUAUUUUCGAGCUGUUCACUGCUGGAACUGAUACUUCUGCGACGGUGAUCGAAUGGGCAAUGGCAGAAAUGAUGAAGAAUCCAAGAGUGAUGGAAAAGGCACAAGCAGAAGCAUCUCUACAAGUUCAAGGAUGA